AUGUCAUACCCUUACUCUAAAGUAGAGGGAACCGUCUCCUUCGAGGAAGGACCUAAGCCGAAGAAUGCCAUCCAGAGGGAGAGAGAAGCAGCUACCUUUGAUUUGGACGAGAUGAACUACUUCUUGGAAGGCUCUAAGGAGACUGCCUUGGAGACCAGAGGAUUCAUGUCUCAAUUCGAGAGAGAUCCAAUUUUGGCUGCUUCGCCAAAAGACUACGAUGCUUCCAAGCCUGAGCACAGGCAGAUCACCAUCCAGAAGAUCGACCGUCUUUCCAGAUAUAUCGAGGUGGAUACAUUUGAUGCUCUCGAGAGACGUAUGAACCUUUUAUCUGUUUUUGACCCUUCGUUCCACACUAGACUCGGAGUCCACUUGGGAUUGUUCCUUGGAUGUGUCAGAGGUAAUGGUACUCCAGAGCAAAUGCAAUACUGGUUAUUGACCAAAGAGGCUGCCUAUGUCAAACACAUUUACGGAUGUUUCGGUAUGACCGAAUUAGCCCACGGCUCAAAUGUUGCAGGUUUGCAGACUACUGCCACUUACGACGAAGAGAACGAGCAGUUCAUCAUCAACACUCCAAACUUGGGUGCAACCAAGUGGUGGAUCGGUGGUGCUGCCCACUCAGCCACCCACUGUUCUGUCUACGCUAGAUUGAUCGUCAAGGGCAAGGACUACGGUGUCAAGACCUUCAUUGUUCCAUUGAGAGACUCGGAUCACAACUUGAUGCCUGGUAUCGCUAUUGGUGAUAUUGGUGCCAAGAUGGGAAGAGACGGAAUUGAUAACGGAUGGAUCCAAUUCUCUAACGUCAAGAUCCCAAGAUAUUUCAUGUUGCAGAAGUACUGUAAGGUGUCUGCUGACGGUGAGGUGACCGAGCCUCCUCUUAACCAGUUGUCUUACUCUGCUUUGUUGUUGGGAAGAGUCACCAUGGUCAAGGAUGCCUUCAGAUGGGCUGCUAGAGUGGUUACCAUUGCCAUCAGAUAUGGUGUCGGAAGAACGCAGUUCAAGGCUGCUUUGGCCAAGGAGUCUGACCCAGAAUCUCAGUUAUUGAACUAUCCAUUGCACCAGCGUCGUUUGAUCCCAUUGUUGGCUAUGACCUAUGCCUUCUCCAACGGUGCCAAUGUCUUGCAGGAGACUCUUACCACCACCAUGGAUGAGUUGGACAAAGCUGUUGCUGCUGAUGACAAGUCCAAAUUGGAUGCCAGUGUGGAGGAGAUGAAGUCUCUUUUCAUUGCUUCUGGUUCCUUGAAGUCUACUUGUACCUGGUUGACCUUGAACACUAUUGACCAGUGCAGACAGGCGUGUGGUGGUCAUGGAUACUCUGCUUAUUCGGGUUUUGGAAAGGCCUUCAACGACUUUGCUGUGCAAUGUACUUGGGAGGGUGACAACAACAUCUUGGGUAUGUCUGUUGGUAAGCAAUUGCUCAAGAAGUUUGCUGCUAUCAAGAAGGGUGAAGAAGCCACUGGUAUCUUGGAUUUCUUGGGCAACUACAAGAAGUUGGCUGGUACUACUCCAGUUUUGGAGACCAACGACUUGAAGGACCCAAGAAAGAUCUUGCUUGCCAUUGAAACUGCUCUUGUAAGAGCAUGUAUUCGUGCUGACGCUGUUUUGGAGGAGAAGAAGGGUGACACCGACUACAUUGGUGCUGACCUUGUAACCUUGUCCAAGUUGUUGGCUCACUUCUUCUUGUUGAAGGCUUUCCUCGACAAGAUCGACGCUAGUAAGGACAAGAAAGACUUGCUCCCACUCUUGGACUUGUUGGCUCAGUUGUAUGGAGCAGUUGUUGUGUUGGAGGGUUUCUCGGGUACCUUCUUGACUUUCUCCGUCGUUUCAACUGAUGCCAUGGCCAAGAACUCCACGGAGCACAUUGCUGACUUGUGUGCUGAGCUUAGGCCACAUGUCAUUCCAUUGACUGACUCCUUCAUGAUGUCUGACAUGAUGAUCAAUGCUCCAAUUGGUUACUACAAUGGUGACAUCUACGAGAACUACUUCAGAGUUGUCAAUCAGAACAAUCCACCAAAGAACACAAAAGCACCAUACUCUUCAGAGUUGGAGGCUAUGUUGGGCAGAUCGUCUUUGGCUGAGAGACAAAGAUUUGAGCGUGAGGAUGAGACUGAGGAGAUUUUGUCUGGUUAG